AUGGAAAUCAACUUCGAGUUCACCUCAAUGGAGCCGACUACUUCUAGCUGAAUGGAAGAAUGCAUUCCCUAUAUCAAGGACAAAUGUCUCCACGAAAUUUUAAUCCCUGGCUCUCACAAUUCAGGAACUUACCGAUACUCAUGCUGCAUAGCUGCUCCAUGGGUCCGAAACCAAUCAGCUGACUUCUACGAGCAGCUAGAACGAGGCAUCCGAUACUUUGACUGCCGACUGAGAUACAUUCCUAAAGACUCUUACGACCCUUUUAAGUUUUCUCACGAAAGUUGGGUAUGCGAUGUAUGCGUGCUCGAUCUGUUUGAAUCUAUAGAAAAUUUUUUAAGCCUCCACAACAAGGAAAUAAUCAUUUUGGAUUUCAGCCACUUCAGAAAGUUUACUGACAGCGCAUAUGUAGAGCUGAACUUGAGAUUUGAAAAAAUAAAAGAAAUGGUGAUUACGAAGGAUUUUCUUAAAAAUACGAUAGGCGAAAAUUUGAAAACAAAUAGGAGAAUUGUGGUAUUGAGCAGCGAUGCGAGGUUUGGGAAUGGGGAGUAUGCGAAAUCGAUCAAUCAUUAUGAUGAGUGGCCGAAUACUGAUAGACCGGAAAUUUUAAAAAAGUUUAUACAAAAACAAAUGUGUAGGGAGACGAAUCGGCUUAGGCUAUUUCAAUGCAUAUUGUCUACACAAAGGAUUGCACAUAAUCUGUAUUUAGCUAAUUAUUUGAGGCCUUAUUUGGAGGAUUGGCUUGAAAAUGAGUGAUGGGAUAAGGUGAAUAUCAUUUUUACAGAUUUCAGUGUCAAUGAUAAGCUUGUCGAAAUUGCUAUUAAAGCAAAUAAAAGUCGAGGAUUACAAAUUUGUUAA